AAAAAAGAACGAACUACAUAAAACCUUUUUCAGUAUGAACUCGUUCGAAUAUGAAGUCGUGAAAAGUGGGCAUUUUCAAAUGCUUCCAAGUUAGAAGUUCCACUUUCAAGGGAUUCACGCUAAAGUCGAAGAUUCAUGAUCAACUUCCAGGAUACGGUCCUCAAUCUUCUUUCCUCGUAACUGCCUGACCUUCGAAUCUCACACACGCAGCAUGCCACCUAAGCAUCGCACAUUCAACGACCAAUAGUCGUCACUCGCUUAAUAUCAUGUAUCUUGCUGUCAAAAUUUCGUAUUGUGCAUUUGGUGCAUCGUGGUAUUUGUCACAAUAAGCGUGUUGUAUGUGACGUCAAGCAAAUUUAGUAGAAAUGGUGAAUAUAGAUACUAUACGAAAGAAUUAUCCACUGCACUGGCUCGUUUGGCAUAACAGCUAUGUAGAACUUGACAAGGAACUAUCCACAAAUCAGCAUGAUAUAGAAAAACAUGACAAUCGUGGGAGGACACCUUUAAUGUUGGCAGUAACUUUGGGUCAUACAGAUUCUACUACAGUACUAUUACAUCAUGAAGCCAAUGUUAAUACAGAGAAUACUCAGGGAUGGAGUGUUGUUCAAGAAGCAGUUGGUACAGGGAAUCCUGAAUUACUACAAAUAGUGCUAGCUCGACGAGAUUAUCAGAGGUACUGCAAUCGAGUGGCUGGCAUACCAGAAUUGCUUCAUAAGCUUAAGCAGGCACCAGAUUUUUAUGUAGAAAUGAAGUGGGAGUUCACAAGUUGGGUUCCUCUCGCAUCUCGGAUGUGUCCAAGUGAUACCUAUAAAGUUUACAAACAAGGUAGUAAUGUGAGGAUUGACACUACUCUAUUAGGUUUUGAUCAUGCAAAUUGGCAACGUGGAAAUCGUAGUUAUGUCUUCAAAGGGCAAACUGCAUCAAAUCCACCUGUGGCAAUUAGAUGUGAACGCAGUUAUGUGUUCAGCAUGGGUGGCCAUCAUACAGAUGAUGGAGCAACAAUGAUGGAAGUAGAUCAUGAGACAAGAAAAGUGUAUGUUGAACAUAUGAAACUUAUAGGAGAUGAUAAUAUACAAUUAAUGGAACCUUCUGAAGAAGGCGUGAUAGCUCGUUUAACCAAUCCUAUAGUUACGACAUACAUAGAUACCGAUAAAAUUAGUUUCGAACGCAAUAAAGCAGGUCUAUGGGGAUGGCGUUCUGAUAAAAGUGAGAUGAUAAAUGGUCAUGAAUGUAAAGUCUUUAGUGCGAGUAACGUGGAAUUAAUAACUAAAACUCGACUAGAGCAUCUAUCCGAAGCAGAUAAAGCAAGGGCUCGAGCACCAAGAACACCUUUACAGUCCUUUCUUGGUAUUGCAGAGCAGCAGCAAGAUAACUGCAGUGCUAUUGUCACUAGUGAAGAAUAUAAUAACAUAGGUAACCCUUCCAACAUCACUGCUGAAGAAUAUUUUGAUUCAGACGUUGAUUUAAAUGGGAGAGACAUAGGUAGACCAAAGGAAGUUAAUACAAAAAUACAGAAAUUUAAGGCAACUUUGUGGUUGAGUGAAGAAUAUCCCUUAAGCCUUCAAGAGCAGAUCAUGCCAAUUGUAGAUUUGAUGGCUAUAUCUAGUUCACAUUUUGCUAAGUUAAAGGAUUUCAUCCAAAUGCAACUUCCAGCCGGUUUUCCCGUUAAAAUUGAAAUUCCAUUAUUUCAUAUUCUCAACGCAAGGAUAACUUUUGGAAAUAUAUUCGGCUUAGAUCAAGAAGUGUCCCAUGUUGGUCACUUGCAAGAAACUAAUCGUAUAACAUGUUUAGUUGACGAUAUCUGUUUCGAAGUUCCCAGUGGAUAUGUUAAAUUAGGUGCAGAAGUUAGAACUCAAUUUAGUAUCGAAGAAGAGGACGAUUUACUACAGUUCGCAAUUCAGCAAAGUCUUUUGGAAGCUGGCAGCGAACGUGAUGAGGUUGAUAUAUGGGAAGCGUUGAAAGCUCAAAAGCCAUCCAGACCAACUACACCUAAUAUGAGCUCUGAGGAAGAAAGACAGCUUCAGAGAGCAAUUCAAGCUAGCUUAGUUCUAUAUCAAGAAACUACAGCAGGAUCAGCUGAAAGUACUGCAGAUUCAGCCACUGUAAAUGAGAACGAAGAUAGUGAUUCUCUUGAGGGCGCAACAGAACAAUUAAGAUUAGCGUUAAAACUUUCCGAACAGCAACAAAUAGAAGAAGAACAACGGCGAUUGCUAGAGGAGGAAACGUUCCGCCAAGUAUUGGAACUGUCUUUGACGGACAAGUAAACUUCCAUUAGAAAGAGAGAAAGUGUAUGUGUGUAUGUGUGUGUACGUAUAUGUGUGUAUGUGUGUGUACGUAUAUGUGCGUACGUGUGCAAUAGUGACGGAAAAUUUAAUUCAUUGAAGUAUACUUCAAGAUAAUCGUGAAAAUUUCCCAGUCUCAUUAAAAUGAGAUUGUACAAAAAAUCACUUCCCACGAUUCAUAAAUUACAAAGUGCAUUGAGAGGUAAUAAUGUUGCUUAUAAUAAAUAUUUGUUAUUGAAGUAUACAGUUACACAAUACAAGUCAAAAGAUAGAAAAAAUAGCAUAGUAGUAGUUGAACGAGCGAAUGAUAUAUUUAAAUUAUGUUAUUUAUUUCUUAGUUACAUUUUAUAUGAGACGAAAUUCUUCAAUAACGUAGACAUCUCGGAAAAUGUAAAGGAAGUCUUGACAAUUACAACUGCUCUUUGAAAGAAAUGCAUUCACAAUCGACAAACAAUCAAACAGUGUUUGUAUGAGAAUCCUAAUAAAUGAAAGUAAAUAAUGUAAGUUGCGCGAUUGUUAAUAUCUAGAAUCUAGAAUAAAAAGCGUGUAAUUCUCAAGUCUUCAAGAAUUAUUCGUCUUAUCCUUCCUCCUCAGUUUUGGUUUUUAUAAAUUUAUGAGAAUGCACACAUUAAUAAUUGCAAUUGAGGUAAUGCAGGAAAGUACCAUCUAUAAUCAAAAUAAAUACACAUUUAUACUAUCCGUUUUUGUAUUUAUAGUGAAAGAAUUAUGUAUGAAAUAUUAUGGAUUACACAUAACAUAUAAGCACUUUUAAGUGUUCAAUCUCUUCCGGAAAUUAAAAAUAAAUUUAUAAAGAUGUAAAGUUAGCAUGUAAUACUGUAUACUGUUAAUUAUUCAAUAUCAAAUAAGUAAAUCUUAUUUUUAUACGUUGUUUUGUUGAUAUAUGAUAUUCGAAGAUUAUUAUAUGUCGUCGAUUUUUCAUUAAACGCGGUAUUUCGUGAAAAUUAUCACUUUUCAAGAGAGUCGAUAAAUAUGACUAGAAUUAUUACGAAAUGCCGCGUUUUAUGAUAAAAGUAGACAUAUACUGUUGCUAAAACGCUUCAUCUGUUUUGAGGAAGGAAUUAUUUCCUUAUUUGCAUGUUUUAUUAAAAAAGAAAAAGGAAAUGUACAAGAGUUGCAAUAAUAGUUCCAUAUUAAAGUGAUAAUUUGCUAUCGGGAAAAUGUUCAUUGAAAAACAUGAUUAGAUUUUCUUCUAACCACUACAAAUAAAUUCAGAUAUAUA